AUGUCUGCAGAGGAAGCUGAAGCUUUAAGUACCACGGAUAUUGACAGUGCCCCUGACAUUAAGGAAGAUAGUCCCAAGAAGCCUGAAGGUGUAAUCGAAACAGCGAAAACAGAUGAUUCUGAACAGGAAAAUCCACCAGCUAUAGAAAAAGAGAUUGAUGAAACAAAAAAGGGUCCUGAGGAUGAGCGUCCUGAGGAAGCAACCCCCCCACUUCCAGCCCGAAAGAAAACUAAUGAUAUUUUGGAAGCAAAGGCACCUGAAGAGAACCCCAUUUUAACUCAAUUAAAAGAGGCGUUCCCAAAUGUCGAGGAAAAAUAUGUAAAGGCUGUAAUUAUCGCGUCACAAGGAGCUUUAGAUCCUGCAUUCAGUGCGCUACUGUUUCUAUCAGAUCCAGAAUCAGGGGCGGACAUAGAAUUACCAUCUCAGCCUGUAGUUCAUAAAGCUCCAGAUUUGCCGCAAAGAAGGAAACAGACUCAAUUGGAACAGGACGAAUUGCUAGCACGUCAGCUUGAUGAACAGUUCAACAAAAAUAGGCAUUCGCAACGCGUUAUUCAAAGUCGUAGGCAAGUUAAUGCUGCAGGCCGUGAAGCAGGUGAAGCACGUAGGGAAAGGAUAAGAGAGCGUCAUAGAAGAAAUCAACAACCGCUGAGCCCAGAAGAACAGAGAGAGCUUUACGGUGAAGAUGAGGAUUCUUGGGCUCAAUUCAUGGAAAAGGAGCUGCCCGAACUGAAGGAAAAGGCAAACCGUUCAAUCCAAGAGACUGCUACAAAAUUAAAUGGUUGGAUUAGUGGAUUCAGAAGAAAUAUAGUGGGCGAUUAUGCUGAACCUGGCAACAGUAAUGAAAGAGACUAUUAUGACGAUGAGGCCUACGAACAAAAGAUAAGCGAAAAGAAUAAUGAUUACACCAACAGUUAUGCACCAAAGAAACCCGAAAGACGCAGAUUCAAUUCUUUUGGAGCCCAAGUUGGAGAGGAGUCAUUGGAGAAUCACGGUAUAACGUUGCACAAUGACGACAGCGAUGCUGAAUACGACGAGGAAGAUGAUGUUCCACCACAACUUCCAUCCAAGAACUCUGAAGACGGAAAACCCAAGGAUGUUAAAAUCGUACCAGAAUCAACUUUUAUCGAUACACCUGACGCCUCAACUAGGAAAAAAUGGCAACCAGUUGCGCCUGAGCCGUUAAAUGCUACACCUACCAAGGUAGUUGUUACCCCAGAUGACCGCAAGGCCAAUAGGAACGCGGAUGAGGACGAGUUUUUAAUUAACAGCGACGACGAGAUGUAA